CGCGUAUUAUUUUUAAACGCUAUUUUAAAGCCUUCUGUUACGUGACAUUAAAGUUUGAAACAAAAAAGAAAUAGUGAAGUUCGUCUGAUUAUUCCUGUGUAUUACACAUACGAAUAAGUUUGACACCGUAAGGCGAUUGUAUUAGUGUUUGCGGUCGAUUACAUUUAAAUAUCAACUGGGAAAAUUAAAAGUAUAUUCUUUAACAAUCAUGAUAAGACUUGCAAUAAUCUGCUUCCUAAUUUCGAUGAUCAGAAGCGAAGAAUGUAUUUUCAAUAUUAAUGACGUAUAUGAAUUAAGACAACUUUUCCAUGAUUCUGAACGUCGAAUGGAAGCAGCAACUCGAGGUCAAAGUGGAAAUGCGGCAAUUGUCAUAGGCAGUGCGCAAGAAGUGGCAAAAGUACAUUAAUUAAUUACUUGAUGGGAAAUGCAUUGAUUGCUUAUAAAGAGAAACGUGAAAUAAAAAUAAAAAAAGCUAACAAUAAUGUCAGAGGACCAGAAAUUGGUGCUGGAUCAGUGUCAGUGACUACAAUUCCCACAAGAUGGAGCUCAGAAAGGUCAGCAUUACAGAAUUUGGACUUCUGGGAUACCGCUGGAUUUGAGGACAAUAGAGGUGAAAAGGGAGAUAUAAAUAAUGCCUUUCAUAUGUAUCAUUUGACAAAAAAGGUCGAUUCUCUGAAACUUAUUUUAGUAAUCAGCUAUGGUGAGAUUACUAGUGGAAAUAUUAAUCAGAUUUUAACGUUUUUAAAAACUGUAGAAGGAUAUUUUAAUAACACGUUUAAAGAUAUUUUCCCAAGUAUAUCAGUAAUUAUAUCAAAAGCACUUUUCGAGACUGACAAUGGUUCUCCAGUCAAUUCUGAAUUCCUCAAUUAUAAUUUUAAUAGAAAUUUAUUAUCAAGUCCAGAAUUGGAUAUAUCCGAAGUUUCAAAAGAAUUUGUACGGCAUAUAAUAAAUAAUAACCAACGUGUAGCCUUCUUCAGGAAAGUGAAAAAAGUAGGGAGAGUUACUUCUGACAUCGAUGAUAAUAUUAUUCGAGCUAUUAAUAACUGCGAUAGCAUACGCAAGCCAUCUCAUCAGGAUAUAGGUUUCACAUUUUCAGUCAACUCGAAACUUUGCCUGCAAAGGACUAAUGAUGAUUUACUGAACAUGAAUGAUUUUACAGAUUUAACUUUAAAAGUGAAUAACAGGUACAUUGAUAACUACAAUGAUUUGAACAGGACGUUAGAUAGAAGUGUAUUAUUGCAAAAAGAAUCCAGUUUUCAGCAAAUCUACAGUCGUAUGUAUUCUUCUUCAUUGGAUAAUUCUGAUGCAAAGUUUAAAAUUAAAAUUCUGGAAGAGAGUGAUAAUAUUGUUAGAGACUUCAUAACGAACAAAAAUUUAGAGAAUAAAAUCAGCCUAACUGAAUUUAUUGAUAGCAUAAUUAUGUCAGGAAAAAUAAGACGAAUAAACAUUUUAUUGGAGGCUAUUGUUAAAAUACUAUAUGACAGAUUAUCAAUAUUAAUUACAUUAUGUAAACUUAAGGAGAACACAAUUAAUUUAAAUGAAUUUGAAAACAAAAUUGAAGAAGCAAAAAUAUCGAUAAAUGAAACAGUUACAAACUUCAAAGAAACGAUAGGAAAAGAAAAGAUGCCUGAAAAAGAAAAAGGCUUUUGGGAUAGAUAUCAUAGGGUUAUUGUAGAAUCAUCCCCAUUUAGUAUGACAUUGUAAAAAAAUUUUCUCUAUUUUUUCCGAAAAAAUACUGACAGCACGGAACCAUAAACGGUGGAAAUUUUUCCGAAUAAUUAAAAGGAAUUAUCUUCCAUGAAUUAUCUCCAUGACAGAAAUUUCUAUGAAUAUUUGCCAUGCUGAAUAUCACAAAAGAUUAGAAAAAUAUCAAACAUUGCUAGAUGAAAGAAUUAUAGGAAAUUGAAAGAACGAAUAAGCAAUUAAAAGAAACCUAAAAAAAAAGAAGGCUUUUGGAAAAGCAUUUUUAGUAUUCUUAGAAAAAGACCCUCACUUUAUAGUUCACUGUAAAAAAAUUUUCGCCAUUUUUUCCGAAAAAAUACGGACAGCAUGGAACCCCAAACGGUGGAAAUUUUUCCGAAUAAAUAAAAAGAAUUAUCUUCCAUGAAUUUCGGAAAUAUUUCCUACUAUUUAUUCGAAAAUUAUACUUAAAUCAUUUGAAUAUUUAUGUAAAAAAUCAAAACUGUUUACACGGAGAGAAAUUUCUAUGAAUGUUUACCGUGCUGACACCUGAAACUGUGUUCAAAGUGUAUUCCUGCAGUUUUUACUGUGCUGCCUCUACAAUCUGUAAUGCAAAAUUGUAGAGGCAGCACAAAAACUGCAGAAGUACACUUUGAAUAUGCUGCAAAGCAUCAGUUUUAAGAAACAUGUGAAGUAAUUAUUAGAUUUUAAAUUUAAAUCAAUAAAAAGUAACUAAUUAUUAUUACUCUUUAAAUUUAAGUAAGUGAAAAUUCGCUUAAAACAGUUACUUCAAAAGUCGAACGAAUUGCAUGCAGUUCAUCGCGGAAAGUAAAUAUUUAUGAUAGGGUAAACCAGACUUUUUGAUUAGGUUAGAUAAACGAAAAAAUUGUAAACUAAAAAAGAUGGUGUCGUUUACUGUAUCUAAACAAACAUCUAAAUAAACAAGCAUUUAAACAAA